CCCCUUUUAAAGACAUCUCUUCUUCACCUGUCUGCUUUCUAUUGAUAUUUUAAGGCAGGAAUUACUGUGAGCUGUGUAAAUAAAAAUGAUAAUUGCACAGCUGCUGGCUAUGUUGAUGAUUUUGCAGACCGGAACUACGGUUGCCCAAGAAUCAGGACUCUCUCCAUUUUUGACAGAGAUUUCAGAUCUGCCUCUGAGUACUAUUAAUAACUUUACAUUCAAUGGCGUUUUUAAAAAUGUGGAAAUUGUGGCAUCAUUUCUAGAUUGUCUUGGUUCCCACUUUACGUGGCUGCAAAAUAUAUAUACAAAUUUCCCAGCUCUACUCAAUUUUGUGAGCAAAUUAAAAUGUGUCACUGGACUCUGCCCCAAGGACUUGGAGGAUUAUGGCUGUACGUGUCGGUAUGAGAUGGAGGGGCUUCCAAUUGAUGAAAUAGAUAGCUGUUGUUUUCAACAUCGAAAGUGUUAUGAAGAAGCUCUGGAGGUAGACUGCACCUGGGACCCAGCAAAAAUUACUGCCGAUGUCAGCUGUCUGUCCAAGAACCUUACAUGUGAGACCGGUGAUGCAUGUGAGAAAGUUCUCUGUGACUGUGACAAAGCUGCUAUUGAAUGUUUGGUGAACUCGCAGAUUAACUCUUCAAUGAAAGGGAUGGAUAUCACAUUCUGUCCAGCUUUAGUUACAGACACAACAGCACAGAAAAAUGAAAUUGCAUUUGAUGCUAAAUCUCAGCAAAACAGAAGUGUGGAUACUAGCUAUACCCCAUCAGAAGGAGAACAAAUUGGUUUACAGAACGAUGUGACAACAUUCCCCUCUACAGAGGAGACACCUAACCUAACUGAAACUACAACACAUGUAUUUAGCACUCCUGUGAUAGGACCACCAGACAUGUCCACAGAAUCAAGUGCUGCUGGACUUAGCACAGCAGCAAUUGGAGAUGUUUCCAGUAAAGACAUUAUAACUGCAGCAGAAACCACCACCCGCAAACUCAACAUGACUCCAACCAGAGCAGGAUUUAAAAUGGCAGAUGAGAGCACAGUUAAUUCAGCCGCAUUUCCUCUAACCACUGUGACUGAAAGUGAUCUUCAAGAAUCAUUAGAACGAGUAUGUGAUAGGUAUCACUUCAAUCAGAUGACAGAAGAUGGAAAUGUGAAGACUGAGCUUCCACUUCUUGGAGAAAUGUUGUUUUGUUUGACCGGUCGAUGUCCUGAAGAAUUUGAAUCUUAUGGCUGUCAUUGUGGUCAGGAAGGAAGAGGAAGCCCAAUCGAUAUAUUGGAUAGCUGCUGCUUCUCACAUCAUUGCUGUAUUGAGCAUCUGAAGAAGCUGGGCUGCAAGUCAGAGAGAAGCGUGAGGUCAGAGGUCUUAUGUAUGGACAACAAACCAACAUGUAUAGGAUGGGGUAUCUGUGACAAGCUACUUUGUGCUUGUGAUAAGGCAGCCGCAGAAUGCAUGGCAGCUGCUCCAUUCAAUGAGUCAGUCCAUUUACUGCACAUGAGUCAGUGCCGGAAUGAGAUGGUUCUGUGCCGGAGUGGAGAUGCAGAUGAUACACCAGACCGGGCUAUCCCAGAAAAGUCGGACAGCUCAAGCUCAAGCUCAGAAGAGAGCAGUGAGGAACAUAGUCCGAUGAGGGACGUUGUGAGGGCAGGACAUGGACCGAGGCCAAAUUCUGGAUCACCACUGCCGCGUGCAAGACGGCCACGUUCCACAUUUGUUGGAAACUAGAAAAUGAAAAUAUUGUGCAUAAAAUAUACAAUUUCUUACUUUUUAGAUCAAUACUUAUAUAAAGGAAGAUGUAUGAUUGUGACGUCCACGCACUGGCAAUGUAUUAUCUCACCAGAGUGCGAACAGACCUGAUAUAGUAUUGACUUGAGUGAUGGCUGUAACUAGCUUCUAUAAACUAACAUUACAGACCACAGUGAACACGUACGGACAGUACACACAGUGGUAUUAUUAACCUAUCAUUUCAAACAAUUUGCAGUCUCUCUGCAUAAGAUAUAGGCAUUUGUGAUUGAAUGCAUUACUACAUUGCUCUUGUAGCUAUUAAUUUGAGUAAAGUGUGUUAGUGAUGAGGGUAGUUGAUGUUCUUAAAAUAAAAAAAAAAAACAGCUCUCACUUGGCUAGAACUUAUGAUUUGCGGAUUUAUAAAAUGUAUUCUAGGAGGGUGGUACAUGCUCUCUGAGAUUUAUAGGACUAGCUUACAUAUCUGUCCAAUGACCCAUUGCUGACAUUUAUAUGCUAGUUUAUUCCUGAGAAA